UAUAAAGGGGAGCCGGCGAGGCGCGGGCCAGGAAGAGCAGGCGCCCCAGCCAAAAGGAGGAAAGGGGAGGAGCGGUCCCCCAGCGAGCGAGUGGAUGGUUUUCAGCCUCCCGCUCUUGAGUUUGCCCGGCAUUCUCUCACAGCCCACCUACAAGUGGAAAGAUCACCAGACCAACGAGAUACACGAGUGCCAGCAGUGCCCGCCGGGGACGCACGUGGCCGAGCCCUGCACCGCGGGGAAGCAGACCGUUUGCAAGCCGUGUCCCGAGAACUACUACACAGAGUUCUGGAAUUACCUCGACAGCUGCCUCUACUGCAACAUGUUCUGCAACAGCCUGGAAGAGGAGGCCCGGCCGUGCAACAGGACACACAACCGGGAGUGCCAAUGCAAGCCGGGCUACCACGUUGAGUGGGACUUCUGCCAGAGACACUCGAAGUGUCCUCUGGGAAGCCGAGUCAUGGCUGUGGGCAACCCUCGUGAAGAUACCAAAUGUACGCUGUGCCCACCAGGGACCUUCUCCUACUUGGUUUCCAGCACCGAGCUGUGCCGGGUGCACCAGAACUGCUCUGCGCAAGGCCUGGAGGUCAACGUCCCCGGGAACCGGUUUCACGACACCUUCUGCACCUCUUGCAAGCUCAACCAAGAAGACGGAGGAGACAGACCAGGAAUGGAGGUCUGUCAAGAGGCCCUCAUUGACUUCAUCCCUUACGAAAUCAAGUCCAUCAGAAGGUUGAACCGCUUGAAACGGAUCAUCAGCAGAAGCCUCCCCUCCGGCAUGAACCAGAAGACGAGUUACGAGGAGCUCCAGGUGGAACUUCAUCGCUACCUCACCCGGCUUAAGGACACCGAAGGGGCAGAUUCUGUGUUUAAGAAGCUCUGGGGAGCCAUCGGACGUAUGAGCCUCCAACACUUGCAAGAAAAAAUUAAGAAGCGUUUCCCAAUAGGGUUAUGAGAUUAGCAGUGCAAUCCUAGGCAUUUCUACUCAGAAGUAAGUCUCACCCGACUGAGUGGAUUCCACGGCCAAGUGGCUCAGUUCUCUGGCUGUGGAGCCAGAGGUGGGGAGUUCAAAUUCCCCACGGUGUCUCCUGAGAGAAGAGCCAGCUUUGGGCAAGCGGCACAACAGUCCCGGAGCAGCCCCCUGGAAGAAAGGGAUGUGGGAACUCACUUCUGAGUAUUUUUAAACUGGGAAACCCUGAAAGGGGUCUCUAUAAAUCAAACUCAACUUGACGAUGAAGAUAACGAUGACAAUGUAUAGGAUUGCAGACAUAGCAUUUCUGUGUUAUUUAUUAAAAUAUCGCAGAGAUAAAAUGUAAAUGAAGUAGAGUACAGUACAUUAAUAUAUAAAUAUACUAUAUUAAUAUACUAAAUAUACUAAUAUUUGGAUUGCUGCCUCAAGCAUUAGAAUUGAUAGCGUUACAGUCCUCUUGCAAUUCCAUUACUACGUGAUUCUACGAAAUACCUCUGAGAAAACAAGAAAUGAACUUCAGGGCUGCUCAGGAACUUUUAUUUGUUCCCCUUCUGAUCUGGAAUGAAACUCGUUUGAAUGGGUAUAUGCUGCCUGAACUUGGAAAAGUUACUUGUUUGGUCUACAGCUUCCAGAAUCCCUCAGCUAGGAAGCCUGCCUUUUUGGUUUGGUUUGGUUUUUUAAUUUCCCUUUAUUAUCUUGAAACGAAAGAUAUAAAAAAAUGAAAAACAGAACGUGGAAAUGUUUUGGAGUGGUGGGUUUAGUGGGUUUUUUGCACCACGACUACGGUCAAAUUGGCUAGGGGAUUCUGGGAUAAGUGGUCCAACACCUGGUGCUUUUCAUUCUAUCCCUUUGAAGACCACAAAGGGGAAAUUUAAGAAGGAAGAAACCACUAUAAAAAUCUGGGAUACUAAUGUUUUUUUAAAAAACUGAAUUUACUGUCGCCCAUACAAACCUGAACGUUUAAAAUUUAAAAUAUUUCGGCACAUUGUUUACAAAAAGGAUAUAUUAAAAGGCAGAGAGUCAUGAAAACCCUCCAUGAAGUAUCCUAGCCACAAGUGACAGAUGAGUUUCAACCUUGCAAGAUUUUUCAGUGCCAAAAGAGGAGAGGGUGUGUGUAUAUGUGUUAUCAGGUUCACAGUAAGUAGACCUAAACCCAAACACACCGUAAAUAAGAGGUCAUGUUCUUGAAAUAACUAGUAUCACAUUUCCAUUACUCUAUGUACAAGGUUUUCAUGCAGUGCAAUAUUUUGGGAUAAUCUGCUAUGGUAACACCAUGGAAGGGGGAAAAAGGGUGAUCAAUCUGUAAUUCUGAAUUUUCUGUGAAUGUGUAUGCCCGCAAUUUCACGGACCUCCUGACAUUGAGGGAGUUUUUUUAGCAUUGAAAAAAAGACCACAAGGUUGACAUUCCUCAUAGAGACACAGAAAUCUCCCUAGUCUUAAGAACUGUGUUCUGAGUUGGACCAAAUAGCCAAACUCAUCCUUCCCAGGCCAAUAUUUGUAGCCUGAGCACUGGAAUGGGUUAAUUUUUUCCACCAACCAAAAACUGAGAUUCUUGGAAAGUUGUUCAUUUUAUUUUAAUUUUUUUAUUAUGUCAGAACGGCUCCUGUGUUUACAACACAGAGACACCACUGACUGCCUUAUCUACACUCCUACAGAGCCCUGGCAGGCACAUAAUGUUUGUAAAAGUUGCAACACCGAUAAAACCCAGUAUGUUUCUUACAUUAAGACAUGAUGGGCAUUUUCCUACCACCACCCUCCCCCUUUUCCAGCAAAUCAGGAAUCUUUGCACUGGUGCUUUGCAAGUACAGCAGAGCUGCUCUUAGUUAUUUAGAGCAGGGGUUCCCAAGCAUGGGUCCCCAGAGGGUCUUGGACUACACCUCCCAGAAGCCUUCACCGUUGGCUGUGCUGCCCAUGAUUUCUGGGAGUUGUAGUCCAAGAACAUCUGGGGAAACCACCGCUUGAGAGGAACGGGGUGUGAACGGGGACAUGGAAGGUGAGGAGAGGGUAGGUUCUUUCCAUCUGGGUUAAAGCCCUUGCCAGAAUUCUCCACCUGCACCCCAAAUUUCUUUUGUCCUAGAGAGCCGAGGCAGCCACUCAUCAUCCUUUCGAUCCUAGGCUGCAUCGGGGUCAGCUGCCUGCAAGAGGUGCUGACAUGCAAACCAGAGAAAGAACUUUCCACCUUCCGCUCCAGAACUUGGCAGUCUUUCCUUCUAGGGGGAACUGCACCUCCAAGGAUUCUGGGAAUCCUGGAAUUCUAGGGGAUUCUGGGAAUUGUAGUCCAGAAAGAUACGUUUUCGCUGUUCUGAAGCAUAACUACAGAGCCCAGGCCAGCGCCGCCUUCUUGGCUGAUCACGUGGUUCUAAUUCUUGGCUCCUUGUCCGACUUUUCUCUGCUACGAACACAGGCUAGAUCCUGGUGGCCUGCGAUUAGGUGGUUAAGGGGCUCGCUCCGAUGCCUUGUAACUAAGCCGUGAGCAACAUAACAUUGUAGGUCAACUUUACGCCAUUGACUGUGUUAUAAUUCUUGCUGUCCCACUCCAGGCUGAAGGCCAGAUAAGUUUUUUUUUGCACUGCACGUUACAGAAGAGGAGAGCUUUAUUGAGCCAGUCUAAACACGGAGGCGGGUUGAUGUUUUGUUUGUGAAAAUAUGUCGUUCUAUGGUUAGAGUGUAUAUUUUCUAUACCAGAUCAUAAAGUCCUUGUUUUACAAUGGAAUUUUAUAUGUUUUUAAACCACAAUUUCUACAUACCAAAAAUCAUUAAAGUUAUUUCAGUAUUCUUA